AUUUGGAGAUUCCUGGCAGUUCCAGGAUACGGCAAUCCGCGCCCCCCUCCCCACCUCCCACUUCUCUACCUAUUGAAAAACAAAUUUCAGAUUCAGAAUGACAGACGCCAGUGUCUCUGUAUAUUUGGAAUCAACAGACUUGACAAUGGAGCACGAAUACAAUAUCGAUGACGAGAAUGCCAGCGAAGCGAGAGAAAAUAAAGAUACAAUCAUCUACCAUAAAAUAAAAACUGGAUCAGUAAAGGAUGUUGAAAAUCUCCUUAAACGGGGAGUCAGUGCAAAAACUUCCUUCCGCGGAUUAUCUCUUCUACAUUCAGCAGUGGAAUAUAACGCUCAGUCAAUUUACUCCAGGAAAAAAUCUAGUUUUUUAAGAAUCGCUGAAUUACUCUUGGACUACGGAGCCGACUUUAACAAUAUUGACAUGCAUAAUCGAACUCCACUUCAUCUUGCUUUACUACACGGUGAUCUUGAAAUGGUUCAAGUACUCUUAAACAAGAGACUAAAAAGUAUUGACAAAAAAAAGGGGGACCUCUUUUUUGAUGAUUUUCUUGAACAAUCUCAAAACAUAGUUGAUUUCCUGCUGAAGAAUGGAACCGAUUGUAAAAUCUCUAAAAAGGAAUAUCCCAUUCUUCUUGAAUUUGCCGCUAAAAAUGGGGACGAAAAAUCGUUUGAAAACAUUUUAAUGACGAAGGGCGAGUUUGAUAUAAAUUAUCUACCUCCUUUUCCGGGAUCGACAGUUCUUCAUACUAUUAUUGAAAAAGGGACGUGCAAAAUGAUCAAGGAUUUUGUUAACCAUGGAGCUGACAUCAACAAAAAGGACAGGUGUGGCAACAACCCAUUGCAGAGUGCUAUAAAAUUAGGACGGUUUUUACAAGUAGGCUGUCUUUUAAAAUGUGGCGCUUCGGUUUUUGAUUCUGAUGCCAAAGGAGAUACAGCUCUUCACCUCGCUGCAAGAUCACGAGCAGAUACAGAAAUGAUUGAAAUGAUUUUAUCUAAAGGAAUUGAUGUAAACGUGAGAAAUUCUAUUAAUAAUGAAACACCUCUUCAUUUAGCUUGUGGGCAGGAUAUUAAAACUGUAAAGAAUUUUCUUAAAAAUGGGGCGGAAUUGAAUGUUAAAAAUUUCUUAGGAAAAACCCCAUUUCACAGAGCAUGCGCAGCGGGUAAUUUUGAAGUUGUUUCUUAUUUAAUCGAAAUUGGGGUUGAUAUAAAUGCAACUGGUUAUGAAAACCGAAAUGCUCUUCAUUGUGCAAUUAUAAUACGUAAAGAAAUAAAUGUAAUUAGGAUUCUCUUGCUUAAGGGAAUUGAUGUUAAUGCUAGGGACAUACAUGGAAAAACGCCACUUCAUUAUAUUGGCAAUAAAAUAACACGUGAAGAUCUUCUUAUCAUGAAACUUUUAAUUAAAUACGGAGCCGAUGUUAAUGCUAAAGAUAAACAGGGAAGUUCUCCACUUCAUGAAGUUUCAAAAACCCCUGGUUUCCACCAUUUAAUGGAAUAUUUUUUCGAAAUAAAGGCAGAUGUUAAUGCUCAAAAUAUAAAUGGAGAGACCCCUCUUUCCUAUAUUUUGCAUAUUGGUUUUUUUCCUUACAAUUUCCAUUGUUUACCGAAUAACAUGAAGUCGUUGGUUUUGCAUUUAUGUAAAAUGAUAGCUCUGAAAUUGCAUGUCUGUGAGAAAAAUUUAGAUUCGCUGAAACAUAAGGUACUUUUUGAUUUGUAUAGAGCUUGUAACCUUGAGAUAGAUAACAUGAAAGAGAAAAUUUGUAAUCGUAAUAUUUCUAUGUUUGAUUUUCUUUUGAAGGAUCUAACCAAAUUAGCUGCGUUUGUUAGAAAUGAAGAGAUUUUAGAGACUUUAAAUUCUUAUUCUUAUGCAGAUGCUUUUCCAAACUAUGGGCAAAUAUUAGAGAGAAAAAUUGAAGAAGCAAAGAAAAGAGCUUGCCUGUUGAAGAGAACUGUAUAUAUUUUCAAUGAUUGUUUAAAGGCUAAGUUACCAGAUCUUGCUCUUGAUAAAAUAUGUGAAUAUUUGGAGGAAACAGAACUAAGCUGUUUUGUUGACGCUUUUUCUAUUAGGGAAAAAAUAUUAAAUAAGGGAAUUCACGUAUAUAAUCCAUUGGAUCAUGUAUAUAGUCUAUUGGUGCAAGUUGGUAGCGCGCAGGCAGCAAAAACAACACUCAACUUUGCACCUGCUCCUUUGUUCAAGCUAGACUCUAGUGGCUCGUUUAGUUCCAAUUCAAUAUUACGAUGUUUAGUCCUGUCUUGCCUGGAACAUUGUUCAGUUCCUGUUAACGCAAUAAUGAAGUGGUGUUAUGUUUGUGAGAAAUGUGACGGAAAGGUAUUGGAGUUCAGUGAUGAAUCCUUGCAGAAAUGUAUUAAUGUAGUUGCUUUCCGAAAAGAGAAAAAAUACAAAUACGGCGAUCUACGUCUUAGUGAAGAAUCGCGAAAUGAGUUCGGUUAUCACAGAAACUGCAAUGGAAAAGUCACGGUCAUAAAACAGAAAGACAGAGGUGACUUUGAAGCUUUUUUACAAGAAAAGCGUAAUCCAAAGACAGCUUGUCAUAAUAAAAGUGAUGAAGUUUCUGUUAAACAAGAAAGUGAACAGGCACAGAUUGAUGGAGAAGAUGACAGUCAUGCGCUUGAGCAGAAAGAAAUCGGAACGAACAUAAACAGUGGGACGCAGGAGAAAAAUCAGAAUAAACUAUUGGGACACUGCGUCAUUUAUUCGGAAAGAAAUCGUAAAGGUUUUGAAAGAAGUAAAUGGAGUGGGACACGUCGCAAAAGUUCCGAAAGGCCCCGGAAAACUUCGGAAACAUAA